UGUUAUAUGGCUGUCGACAGCCAGAUCCAUUUGUAUCAUUAACGUGAAGUUGUGAGCCAUGAUAGUGUUUAUUCUGCAGAGCUGCCAGGCGCAGCGCGUCUUUGACAGUGCACGCAAGAACACGAUCUCGGCUGUGAAGUUAACAAGACCCAAGGAAGUUUCUGCUGAUCUUACGGUCGGUGGAAGGUGUUGCUCAACGGGAACAAUAUGCAUGAAGACAUGCAGUAAGAUAGCAGGAUGGAUGUGCGACUGCCCUUUUGCGUUGUUUCCAAAAUGCGGAUUCGCCGUAGAAGGCAUGGAUGUCGACAUUCAGAAUUUACUGCUGACUGCUGCAUGCUAUCUUUUUAACGAUUUUAUGCUGAUUUGCUAGAAGCGUUUUUAUUCAUGGACUACAGUAUUAGUUUUUGCGUGAUGAACGUGUAAAGGAUCGUGCUGUAUUGCUAAUGGCAUCGCCGGUGUGCUUUAAAACAAGCUCGCUGUGAUCUACCUGAA